AAAUACAAUUGAUAAUAAUGGAUACCAAUUCCAGAAACAUAAUUAUUUUAAUAUAAAUGAAUUCAUUUAUUGCUGGUUAGUGAGCACAUAAAAUACACCAUAAGAAAAGAAAAUGCCAACUUCACAUUUAAGAAAGACUACUGGGGGCAGUUAAUUUCAACAUCACCAUAAGUGUAGCCACUUUUUUCUUCACAUGUGAAUUGGAAUUCGAGUGGCCUAAAAUAUUCCCGUAGGCCAAUUUCGACCUAAGUGUUGUUUCACACUCGAGACGCUAGAGGUCGGCAAUACCCGCCGUCGCGCAAUGACGUCGGUUAGGAAGAGUGGAGUCUAAUUCAUUUUUAAACAGUGCUGUCUUUUCCUAUGUUCGAAAUGAAGCACAUUUUCAUCUCUCCUUGACCCGAUGACGUUUUCCUCAAAGGUUAAGGAAAGGAGGCAUAAAGGUUAGGAGAUUUGAGCUUCGUAGAGGCCCCUGUUUGUUUGUUUUUUUACCACUGUCGUGUUUGGGAUUGAUUUCGCUUCAGGAAAUACCGUCUGCGACUGCGUGUUGCUCACGGUACUAGCUCGGGCGAAUUGUGAAGAGUAAAUUGUGAAGGGCUGCUAUUUUACCGAGCUUACGCACCCAUUCAACAUGGGCGACAGUGUGGUCCAGCUGGCCUCCAAGGGUCACCAUGACAACAUCCUCUCCUCCCUGCACCAGCUGAGGCUUGGCGGGCAGCUGGUCGACAUCACGGUUCAGGUCGACCACCAAGGGGAGAUGGAGGUGUUCCAGGCUCACCAAGUGAUGCUCGCCGCCUACAGCGGCUACUUCAAGAGGCUGCUGCUCUCCCAGGACGCGGUGCCCGACAAACUGUUCCUCUCCAACAUACGCACGGCUAACUUCUCCAAGUUCCUGGAGUUUGUCUACACGGGCAAAGUGGAAGUGGCCAGAGACAAACUGGGCGACGUCCAGGAGGCCGCCCUCCUGUUGGACUGCAAGGACCUCUCGGAGGUCUGCGGCAAGGCCUUGACCGCGGGCGCACACCCGCCAUCUCCGGAGGCAUCAGCUGGUGUAGACACGGAGCAGAAAUCCCCCGACACCAACGCCACGAGACAGCCCAGACAGGCCCUGAAGAGGAAGCGGCCGCUGAAGAGCACCAGGAGAGACGUGGGCGGGGGCCCGCAGCAGGCUAAGAAGAAGCCGGCGAAGGCCAAAGAGUCGGUCAAGGAGGAAUCGGAGGUCGCGGCGCCCGACGAGGAGGGGGCACGGCGGGUCAGCAUCAGGCUGGCGGGUCGGAAGAUCCCCGUGGGCCUGUUAAAACACCGGGACAUGACCGACGAGGACCCGGAGACCACGGACCCGGACAGCCCCUCGGAGGCCGAGGAGAACCGCGCCGUCGAAGGGGCCGUCGCUCCGCCAGAGAGCCCCGCCAACGACAGGAAGAAGGCCAAACCCAAGGACGUGGAGCCCAUCGCGGCGGCGGCGGUCGGCGGCGGCGGCGAGGAGAUCGAGGGCGGGGGGGAGGUGCGCUCGCUGGACGUCGACCCGGACCUAGCCAUGUACCUGUCGGACGAGGAGGAAGAGGGAGCAGAGAAGAGGGCCAAGAGGACCUCCAAAGCCCAGUUCCAGUGUGGCAGCUGCCAGAGGACGUUCCACUACGCCCGGAGCUACGUGAAGCACAUCAGCACUUACCACGGGGUGAAGGCAGAGGUGACGUACCGCUGUGAGACCUGCCAGCAGACCUUCGCCAACCGCGGCAACCUGAAGAUCCACCAGCAGCACGUGCACAACGACGAGAGGCUCUUCUCCUGCCAGGUCUGCGCCAAGACCUUCAAGCGCAAGAAGGACGUCAUCCGACACCAGCGGCAGGUUCACGAGGGACGCGGACAGCGCCACAUAUGUCCAGAGUGCGGCAAGACGCUGAGCUCCAAGACGGCGCUGUCGCUGCACGAGAGGACCCACACGGGGGCCAAGCCCUUCCAGUGCACCGAGUGCUCCUCCAAGUUCAGCCAGAGCUCCGCCCUCAAGAUGCACCAGAGGACCCACACGGGAGAGAAGCCGUUCGCCUGCGACCUGUGCGAGGCCAGGUUCACCCAGAAGCAUAUGCUGUCCUACCACAAGAGGUCCCACACGGGAGAGAAGCCCUUCAUGUGCGAGGCGUGUGGGAAGAGCUUUGCGUCCAAGGAGUACCUGAGGCACCACUCCAACAUCCACACGGGCUCCCGGCCCUACAAGUGUCAGCAGUGUGACCGCGGCUUCGCCCAGAGGAACUCCCUGCACCAGCACCUCAAGAUUCACACAGGCGAGCGUCCCUACAGCUGCAAGGACUGCACCAAGCAGUUCACCCAGCUCAACGCGCUCCAGAGGCACCAGCGCAUCCACACGGGGGAGAAGCCCUACAUGUGCGGCCUCUGCAACCGCACCUUCACCGACAAGUCCACCGUCCGCAGGCACACCAUGACCCACGACACGGACGCCCCCUGGAAGAACUACCUGGUGGUGCUGCAGGGCAACGUGGAGAGCAAGAAGCCCAGACAUUCCUCCAAGGGAGGGAGCUCCGGGGCAGGCGAGAGCCAGGCCAAGGUCGAGGCCGACGGCGGAGGCAGUGAGGCCAACGGUUCAGAAGAAGCCAAGGCCGCGACCGAGGUCCAGACCCAGGCACCCGCCGAGGCCAUCAUGGUGCCGGGCCAGCCCGUCACGCUGCCGGCCGACUGGGCCUCCCACGGCACCAUCGCCCUGGUCAGCCACAGCUCCAUGGGGGGGAUCACGGUCAUCCACGCCGAGAUGCCCCCGGGCACCCAGCUCCAGCCCAGCGUCAUCUCCCUGGACGGCGCCACCAUCGCGGUCCCCUUCUCCCUGGCACACGCCAUCACACCCAUGACCACCACAGUCGUCACCACCACCGCAACCGCGACCACCUCAGACUCGCUCGACGCCUCGAUGUCCGAACCCGCCUUGGCGCUGACGGAGCUGUCGGAGGGGCGCGUGGCACUGCGGACCGCGUGCGUACUGGAAGCCGCCGUCUCCCAGACCCUCCUGGCCCCGGGGUCGGAGGUCGGUCCCGGGGAGCCGGGCGUUCAGGCCGAGGUUCCCUGCGAGGAUCAGUUUGCGACGGAACAGGCGGAGGACGUGCCGAACGACCAACCGCUAAAUACGGAAGAGGCGAGCGUCGACGAACACAAGGACUCCUCGGUAGCACAAGAUGUUUAGAACGGAUUGACUCAAUCCAAGGGACAUCACUUCUGGGUUCUUUCCAUGCGUCGGCAACUUCUGAAUUAUAAUUAAUCACUUGGUCUCGGUAGGAAAUCAGCCUUGGUUUAUUUUAAGCCGUACCUACCUUCACAGGUAAAGCCUCGGAUUUAUCUAAUCUACUUUCGGUCCGACAUUAAAUAAGCAAUCAGUCAUCUAAUUUAAUAAAAACAAAAACCUUA